UAUCAGCUGAGCUGGCUGAUGUGAAAACUAUAUUUCAUUGUACGUGAUUUUAGAGCACGACUAUAGAUUAUUGGGAUGGAGAAUGACAUUCUCGUCUCUCUUGAAGAUUUAGGGUACCAAGGCCCCCUGUUGGAGGAAGGGGCUCUGGAUCCCGCUGUGAGCAAAGGAGCAGCUUCACCUGAGUUCACCAAGCUUUGUUCCUGGAUCGUCUCCGAGCUCCGACUCUACUGCCGGCUGGAGGAGGAUGUCCAAGCCACCAACUGUCCGAGCGAGGCAGAGGCCUUCCAGCUGGAGAUGAGCGGCCUGCUGUCCGAGCUCGCCUGUCCUUACGCUGUCCUCGCCAGAGGAGACGUCACCCAGAGGCUCCUCAACAGGACCGACUGUCUGCUGCUCCUCACGUUUUUGGUGUCGGAGUUGGAGGCAGCGAGGAUGAUCCUGGUUACAAAGCCCGAAAAGAAAGCCCAGGAGUCGGGCAGCCCCAUGUUCCAGGAGCUGAAGGGCAUCUGCAUGUCACUGGGCAUGUCUAAGCCUCCAGUCAACAUCACCAUGUUCCAGUUCUUCAGUGGAAUUGAGAAGAAGCUCAAAGAAGCCAUGAGUAAAGUCCCACCCAAUCACGUCGGAGAGCCUUUGCUGAAGAAGGCCCUUGGACCCUUGCACUUGGAAAGGAUUGAAGCUAUAAACCAAGCACUUGUAAAUGAGUAUGAAGUGAGAAGGAAAAUGUUGUUGAAGCGCCUCGAUGUGACGGUGCAGUCUUUCGGUUGGUCCGACAGAGCCAAGACGCAUGCUGAAAAGUUGUCCAAAGUCUACCAGCCACUCCGUUCUGUUCUCGACACCAAGAGUAAAAUCACCUCCGCUCAUCUUCUCGCCGCUCGACAAGACUUCUCCAAGAUCCAACGCACGAGCAGCGGCAAGAUGAGAGAGAAGACCACGUGUGCCAUUAACAAGGAGGGAUUUCUGGAUUUUGCCCUGAUGGACUUUCUGCAGGGCCUUUUUCUAUUCCUGAUUUUCUCAGACAAAAUUCUAAUGGGCCGCGUUCCAGACAGGGGAGGCCGACCCUGUGAGAUCGAAGCCCCUCCCCCCGAGAUGCCCUCCUGGCAGAAGCGCCAGGAUGCUCCCCAAGGCGGAGGAAACUAUGGUGGAAGUGGGCAGGGAGGCGGCAGGGGGGGCUACGAUAACCAAUCCCAAGGUGGCCGCGGAGGAUAUGACCGAGGACAUGGAGACAGGGGAGGUAGAGGAGGAGGAGGAGGAGGAGGAGGAGGCGUGGGGGGUGGCGGCGGCGGCAGAGGGGGAAAGGUGCAGGGCGGCUGGGACGGUGGUGGAGGAGGGAGAGGCGGUUACAACCAGGGCCACUAUCAAGAUGCUGGGAAUCAAGGGGGAGGAGGGAGAAGUGGCUACGGAGGAGGAGGUGGAGGUGGAGGAGGAGGAGGAGGAGGAGGUGGUGGUGGAAGAGGAAGAGGGGACAACCCAGGAGGCUUCCAGGACCCUGGCUACCAUGGAGGAGCAGGCGGUUACCAUGACAACUACCAACAAGAUGGAAGCUGGCAUCAGGAGAGAGGAGGGGGUCGAGGAAGUCGCGGGGGCAGGGGAAGAGGAGGCCGAGCAGGAGAAGCAGCAGCAGGAGCAGCAGGAGCAACAGGAGGUGGAGGAUGGGGAGGGAGAGGGGGGCCGAGUUUUAACCAAGGAGGACAGUUUGAACAGUUCUUCCAACAUGGCGGGCAGCACUACAACCAAGCUGGCUUUAAUCAAGGCAGACACUACACUAGUUGAAGACCCCGCGGGGGGCUUCACAGCAGAGUCCACUCAAAGAUUGACUCCAUAUAAUACGUGAACUUAUAUGAAAUGCCUUAUCCUCCAAUUUAGAAUUUUCAGCACAGUUAAAAGGUGAAAAAGUGUACGAGGACGUUGGAGAGCCGCACAGACGCUGUAUACUCUCAGUACAGGCUGGUUUUUUGGGGAAUUUUUGGAAUUUCUGUUUUCCCACAAUGGGCAGUUUUAUUGUGGUCCUUUGCUUUUGAAUAAUUGUGUGUUCAUGUUUUGCUCUGCCUCCUCAGUACAAGUGUUCAAGCCCACCGCUCUUUGACAGAUGGUUACUCGAUUAGUUGGACUCUGCUGUCUUGAGCUCCCUUUCACCCUAAAUUAGCCUUAUAUCAUUUUUUUUAAAGACAGGAAAGCGUCCUAAGACUCCAGUGUCGGUGUACCUGCUGUAUGUCUGACGUUAGAAGUGCACUCUUGAAAUCCUUAAUAGUUUCAUUGAAUUCGACGAUUACUUGAAAACAACUACAUCUUUCCGGUCUUCGUUUUGUUUCAGUAGGUUUGGCUGGAAUCAACUUUUUGUUAUUUAAAAUGUCAUCUUUUACUGCUCAUGGAAGAUUGUGUGCAUACAAAUGUGGAUGUUGGAAGGUUUGCAUGGGUGUGUGUGUGUGAAUGAGCAAUAAAAUCUGAAAUGAGA